UCCUUCACGGAGCGCAUCAUCACGACGCUCGCGGACUUUGCCUACUCGGUCUUCGCCAUCGACGUCGACGGCGACGGCGACGUCGAUGUCUUGUCGGCGUCCUUCAGCGACGACACGGUCGCCUGGUACGAGAACGACGGGUCCCAGUCCUUCACCGAGCGCGUCAUCACGACGCUCGCGGAGUGGGCCUGCUCCGUCUUCGCGAUCGACGUCGACGGCGACGGCGACGUCGACGCGCUCUCGGCGUCCUACCACGACGACACGAUCGCGUGGUACGAGUACGACGCGGGCGAGGACGACGAGCCCCCCGUCUUUGCCAAGCACGUCAUCACGACGCUCGCGGACGAGGGCAACACUGUUUUCGCGGUCGACCUCGACGGUGACGGCGACGUCGACGCGCUCUCGGCGUCCUACAACGACGACACUGUCGCCUGGUACGAGAACGACGGGUCCCAGUCGUUCGCGCGGCGCAUUAUUACGAACUCGGCAGACGCCGCUAUUUCUGUCUUCGCGAUCGACGUCGACGGCGACGGCGACGUGGACGCGCUGUCGGCGUCCCGCGACGACGACACGGUCGCGUGGUACGAAAACGACGGCUCCCAGUCCUUCACCGACCGCGCCAUCUCGAACUCCGCGGACGGCCGCGGCGGCGUCUACGCGAUCGAUCUUGACGGCGACGGCGACGUCGACGUGCUCUCGGCAUCGCAGUAUGACGACACGGUCGCGUGGUACGAGAACGAGUGCGGCCCGCACGCGCCGUCCCCGUCCCCGACGCCCCGCCCCACGGCCUUAUGCACGAGCGUCACCUUCGCCGAGCGCGUCAUCACCGACUCGGCGGACGGCGGCAACUCUGUUUUCGCGAUCGACGUCGAGCUCGUCGACGGGCUCGGCGCGGAGGCGUCCCGCGUCGCCGGCCUCGACGAGCCCGUGGAGCUCAGCUUCGACGCGGACGCCGGCGACGCGGCCGCGUGCGUGACCUGGGACGGCGUCGCCUGGGUCGCCGACGCGAACGUGACGCUGACCGCGAGCGACGCGUCCAGCGCGUCCUGCGCGUCGACGCACCUGUCGUGCUUCGCCGUCGCGGCCGUCGUCGUCGGCGGGUCGUCGUCGGACUCGCUCUGCCGGCGGCUCCGCGCGGCCGCGGGGAGCGGCCUCUACGGGUCGCGGUCCUACAAGGCGUGGCUGCUGGCGCAGCUCGUGGGCUGGGCCGCCCUCGGCCUCUUCGCGGCGGACCAGGCCGCGGGCCUCUGGGUCGCGGCGAAGUCGUCGAAGCCCCGGAGCCCGCGCCACGCGGUGCUCCUCGAGGCGUGCUCGACGCCCAAGGCGCAGAUCGUCGCGCCCGCGCUCGCCCUCGCGGGGCUCCGGUGCGCCUACUUCGCGUUCCCCAUGUUCGAGGCGCGGGACCGCGUCGUCUGCGUCGAGCUCGGCGCGGACGUCCGCGCGCUCGCG